AUGACCGACCCCCUUCUCCGCGCAUUGCCCACCGCCUGCCCGCACCUCUCCGCCCUCCGCCUCCGCCCGGAAUACUCCCCCGUGAGCGCGGAGGCCGUCGGCGCAGCACUGCGCGCGCUGCCGCGGCUGCGCUCGCUGCUGCUGCAUGCCGCGACGCUGCCCCUGCUGCCGCCCGCCGUCUGCCGUCUCGCCGGCCUAACCUCGCUGCACCUGUCCCUCCCGUCCCUCUCCUCCCUGCCCGAUGACGUCAGCAACCUAGUUUCCCUGAAAUCCCUUCACCUCUCCUCGCCUGCCCUUCACUCCCUCCCCGGCGCCUUGGUUCGUCUCUCCAAUCUACACCGCCUGCACCUCUCCGGUUCCUUUGAACGCCUGCCCGAGACCCUCGGGCAGCUUGAAAACUUGCGGGAGCUGCACCUGGCGGACUGCUUCGAGCUCCGCGAGCUGCCCGAAUCGAUGGGCAGCCUGAUUCGCCUAUCCCACCUCACCAUCGCCAACAACUUCGCCCUGACCCGGUUACCACACUCCCUUGGUCGCCUGCUCGCUCUGCACUCCCUGCGCCUGUCCUCGCUGGGGGACCUUUCGCUGCUGCCUGAGUCGGUGGGGCAGCUGACAGGGCUGGUUCACCUGACGCUCGUCCACUGCAGGAAAACCACAUCCCUCCCUGCCUCGCUCUCCACCCUCUCCUCCCUCACCUCCCUCUCCCUCUCCUGCCCUGCCCUCUCCGCCCUCCCCGCCUCCCUCGGCCAGUUGUCUUCUCUCGCUUCCCUCUCCCUCGCCGAUAUGCCGCUUCUUUCUUCUCUGCCCGAUACACUCGGUCAGCUGUCCCAACUGACGUGUCUCACCGUGACUGGCUGCGACCGGCUGGUCGAGCUGCCCGAGUCAAUCGCCUUCCUUCCUCGCCUCUCCUCCCUCUCCCUCCGAGAUACCCCCAUCGCACUUUUCCCCCUCCCCUCCUCCACGCACCCUUCCCCACCCUGCCCGCUGCUCCCAUCCCUUCAAUCCCUCUCAAUCACCUCCAGUGACCUCCUUCUCUCCCUUCCUUCCUCCCUCUCCCUCCUCUCCUCCCUCCGAGCCCUCACGCUCCUCUCCUGCCCGUGCCUCGCCUCUCUCCCACCGCCCGCAUUGGCCGGCCUCUCUCUUCUCGAGCUGCUCGUGCUGGGCGGGAGAGUGGCGGGCGGCGGCAUGGGGGAAGGGGGCGGCAUGGGGGAAGGGGGUGGCAUGGGGGAAGGGGGCGGCAUGGGGGAAGGGGGCGGCAUGGGGGAAGGGGGCGGCAUGGGGGAAGGGGGCGGCAUGGGGGAAGGGGGCGGCAUGGGGGAAGGGGGCGGCAUGGGGGAAGGGGGCGGCAUGGGGGAAGGGGGCGGCAUGGGGAUGGCAGGGAGUGAUACGGACAUGCAGGGCGGAGAGCAUCACGUGGAGCACUGGCUCUCAGCAGUUCAAUCGUUCUCUCCUGCCCUCUUCCCUGUCACCCCGCCGUCCUGCGCCCUCUCUCAGCCUCGUACUGACAGAGGCAUUCAGCCUGCAAUCGCUCCCAAGCGCCAUCGGCACGUUGAUGCGCCUGCGCCUGUUUGUGCUGGAGGGGUGUGA